AUGACACUCCCCAACGUGCUUGAGCACAAAACAACCCCUGCUCAGACGCAGCUGCCAUCUCCGUACCUGGCUGACCACUGGGAAGAUGCGAUUCGGCAGGAACUGCAUUGCCUGCUAGCGCAAGGAGGGCUGCUGUGCAUCACCCUUCCUCAGUAUGAAAAAGGGUAUGUCAGCGAAAAGACGAGGAUCAAUGCACUGGCUCAGUGGGCCUCAACCGAAGCUCUCAACACCAUCAACAAGAACCCCCAGCAAGAACCGACGGAGCUGUUGGACUUUUUCCGAUCCGUGCGAGGGCGCACUGACGAGUUCAAGCGAUUAUUGCAAAUGAAGACCCUGGACUUGGCCCACGCGAUAGCCGCUUCUGCCUACACCUAA